AUGAUAUUACGGCGAAUAGAACUCGGAAAUAUAUCGGAUGUUACGGUAAUCAAUGUGGAUGUGGAGCUGGUUCAGGCGCUGCACUCCCUGCUGCCGCGCCCGGUGAGGUUCGUCUCCAGAACAUUCUACUGGCCGAACGGUACUGUGUUCAACGACGUCUAUGUCAUUCAGUUCGAGAAUAUUUUCGUAUUCACACAGGGAAUGGACUCCGUCAGACGAGACCCUUUUUGGAAUCCGCGAGCGAAAUUCAUAAUCAUCAUCGAUAAUCUCGAAGAUUACCUUCAAAAUGUAUCGGAUGUUCUUCUACGUAAUCAUAUUUACAACGUCGCUCUUGUUGUUUAUCCGGACGAUCGUAAUGUAUUGAUUUAUACAUUUGGCAAUCAAUACGACGAGUGUAAUCGACCCGUAUUAAAAAUGCUAGAACCGCGGUUUCGUUGUUCAGAAGCUCAGGAUAGAGAUAUCGACGAAAUUUUUAAAUCCGAGUUGAAAUCUAAACUCCUGGGCUGCCAUGUUAAGUUUGUGUCUCACAACUUUUGGCCUUUUGUGUCUUUAGACGGCAGAGACGCCAUUGAGAAUUAUUUGUUAAGACUAAUUCGUGAAUAUGAAGGUAUCACGGUCGAACUCGUAAAUCUCGGAAUUAUUGAACAAUUUGGAUCACGUCUGGAUAACUUUACGUUCACGGGCAUGUUGCACGAAGUUGAGACAUGCCACGUGGAAGGAGCUAUAGGCGGUUACUAUCUAACUUAUGAUAGAGCGUCAAACUUGGAUUUCAUAGACCCUUACAUUAUUGAUAGCCAGAGAAUAAUUCUACCUCGAGCAAAACUACUCGACAAGUGGUCUGGACUCUUCAAACAAUUCGGGGCACUAGCUCACUGGGCGAUUUUUGCAAGUUUUUGCAUAAUCUGUGUCACAGUUACGCUCAUGGGAAUAUUUAGAAAGCAAGUAAGAGAUACGGGUAGGGAUAUCCUCAUCGUCUGGGGUUAUUUCUGCAGCAAUAUAAGUCAACAGAAAGCUAAAUCAGGUAUAGCAUACAGAAUGGUGCUAUUAAAUAUACUUGUCUUCGUGUUCAUGAUAUCAUACGCUGCUCAAGCAUCCUUGCUGGGCGCUACAACGCACCCAAUUCGAGAUUAUCAGCCUAAAAGCCCUGGGGAAGUCGUUUCCAACUACCAGUUACUCAUCACCCCCAACUUAUUCAAUCACUUAUCAAGAUAUUCACAUUUCGACUUGACGAACGCCAGCACAAAUUGCAAUACUACUUUAGAAUGCAUGACGAAGGUCAUGAAUGGUGAUCAUCCCCUGUACACAAUAGCGUCUGAUAUUCACAUUCGUUCCUACGUUUGGAAGUUCGCCGAUAAGAAUGGUGACACAGGGAUCCAUACUAUAAGAGAGCCGGUUGGAACGCUUCUGACGACUAUGUACCUUCGGCGAGGGUCGCCUCUAUUAAGACCCUUGAACAAACUUCUUCGAAGGAUAUAUUAUUCAGGAUUACUGCCAUGGUUUGCAAAUCGACUGCAUUUUGCCGAACGCUUUAAGUACAAGUUUCACGCGCGCAGAGGAAAGCCCCAAUCUUUGAAAGGGUUGAGAGGUGUGUUCAUGAUUUUGGUUUUUGGAUACUGUAUGUCAGCUAUCUCGUUCUUACUCGAAUAUCUACUGUAUGCAUUCAUGGUUUUUUACGGAACAGCCUUCAGACAAAUUAGAUAAAUUGAGGAUGAAUUGUGAUUAGAGAUGCACCGGAUAUCCGGUUACUAUCCGGUAUCCAGCCUUUCCGGCCAUUAUUUUACUAUACGGCCGGAUACCGGAUAGUGACCUACUAUCCGGCCGGAUACCGGAUAGUAACAUUGCUUGAUUUCGGAGUAAACAAAUUGGACUUUAGAAACAGACACGGUCAUAAUCGUAUUUGUAUAUUAUUUUAAAACAAUUUAAUCAUUCCACUGACUUGCACGCGCACUCAUUUCGAACCUAGAAAUGAGUCCGCGCGAACGUUUACUAGGAAACAGGUCAAACCUGCAGAACGCGCACCUGAAAAACCGAAAUGUAGGUAUAGUUCCGCUAGCCGAAUACUCGGCGACCGGAUACCGGAUAUACGGCCGAUGGUCAAGCCGAAUAUCCGGUAUCCGGCCAAACAACUAUCCGUUGCAUCCCCAAUUGUGACAUCCCAUGGUGGGUACC